UGACGUCAGGGGCAACGCUCGGUCGCCUGCUGUGACGUCGCCUUCCCCCGCACUCGCCGCCGCCGUCACUGGGACUUCGGCAGGGAGCCACUCGAAGCUCCGCGUCGUGACAGUCCGACAGGGCCUUUCGCUCAACUUUUUCUCCCGUCUCGAGGGCGUUUUCCCCCGUUGUGUCCAUGUGCGGGAGUGCCCAGGAAGCGAGAAGACCGCGCUGGUGCCCCUGACUGUCCCUCAGGAUGAGUGAGGCAGAAAGUCUGUUCUACAGUGUUCAGGUGGGGGACUCUACCUUCACCGUGCUCAAUCGUUACCAGCAGCUCCGUGCCAUCGGCUCGGGCGCCCAGGGCAUUGUUUGCUCUGCCGUAGAUACAGUUCUCGGCAUCUCGGUGGCAGUGAAAAAGCUUUGUCGGCCCUUCCAGAACCAGACGCAUGCAAAACGUGCAUAUAGAGAGCUGGUGCUGUUAAAAUGCGUCAACCACAAAAAUAUUAUCCGUUUGAUCAAUGUGUUCACGCCUCAGAAGUCCCUAGAGGAAUUCCAAGAUCUAUAUUUGGUGAUGGAGCUGAUGGAUGCUAGCCUGUGCCAGGUGAUCCACAUGGAUCUGGACCAUGAGAGAAUGUCUUAUCUGCUUUACCAGAUCCUUUGUGGAAUCAGACACCUGCACUCUGCUGGUAUCAUUCACAGGGACUUGAAGCCGAGUAACAUUGUGGUGAAGUCAGAUUGCACCCUGAAGAUAUUGGACUUUGGCCUGGCUAGGACGGCGUGCACCAACUUCAUGAUGACCCCGUAUGUGGUGACCAGAUACUACCGGGCGCCAGAGGUCAUCCUGGGGAUGAAGUAUAAGGAGAAUGUUGACAUCUGGUCUGUGGGGUGCAUCAUGGGAGAGAUGGUAAAAGGUAGCGUCAUCUUCCAGGGCACUGACCACAUCGACCAGUGGAACAAAGUCAUUGAGGUUCUGGGCACGCCCAGCCUGGAGUUUAUGAACCGUCUAAUGGAGACUGUCAGAAAUUAUGUGAUGAACAAGCCACAGUAUCCAGGUGUCAGCUUUGCGGAGCUUUUCCCUGAUUGGGCCUUUCCCUCAGACUCAGAACACGACAAGCUCAAGACGAGUCAAGCUCGAGACUUGCUGUCUAAAAUGCUGGUCAUCGAUCCCGAGUGCCGGAUCUCAGUGGAGGAAGCUCUCAAUCACCCCUAUAUACACAUGUGGUAUGACCCUGCUGAGGCAGACGCGCCUCCUCCCCAGAUUUCCGACAAACAGCUAGAAGAGAGAGAGCACAGCAUUGAGCAGUGGAAAGAGCUAAUUUAUGAAGAGGUGAUCGACUGGGAGGAAAGGAACAAGAACGGUGUGAUGAAAGAGGACUGCUCAGGUAUGUUCACGUGUGUACUCUUCAUUUCCUUGUGUUUACUCAUUCCAUCAAUGUGUCACACCUCAGAUGUGGUAUCCAGUUCAGCAUCGCAGUCGUCCUCGGCCAACGACAUUUCAUCUAUGUCCACGGAGCACACGGUGGCCUCGGACACAGACAGCAGCAGCAUCGACACGCUGACGGGGCCACUGGACGAGAGUCAAUGAAUGCAAUGUCUUUCUCCGUGUACCGCGCCUCAUCUUCACAAUCUUAAGAUCUUUUCUCAUCAAAUCGACUUCCCCCCCACCCCAACGUAACAUUUCUUUUAGAUUGCGGAUCUUCUUUUUCAUCUUCACUUCCAGACCAUUCUUGGACUGCUGCGUAGAGAUCAAAGUUUGUGCUAUGCGACCUGUUACCUUUCCGACUCUGUGGAUGAUGCAUGCAUUAAUUUAACAGGAGCACGUCAUGUCGGGCUGUUGUGGUUUGUUCGAUAUUGUUGUAUUUUAAUAGCUUUAUUUUUGUAGCAGAUCUGUUGAAAAAAGAUUUUUUUGUCAUCAACUUAAUGCAGACGUGAACCACAUGUAGACCACAGCUAUUCUUGUGCAUGUUUCAGCAAAACAAACAAACAAACAAACAAACAAACACAAAAAAGCUUCAACUCAAUAUUUAUACAGUGAUCAACUCCUCUGAAAAUUGUUCCCUCGAUUCUUAGCUGGCUCGUAAUCUCCUCCCAUUGCAAAAUGCAAAGUGUAUUAAUUAAUUUUGAAUUGAAUUGUCUAGAGAAUUUACUCCUGACAUCAUGACAAAGCUGUGGUCGCAUUGUUUUAUUCUGGCUUGUAAAAUACUCUAUACUGUAUGUAAAGAUGCUCACACACGUUGUGGUUGUUGAGCCAUUCAUUGCAAAUGAUGUCUUGAGAGACUUUUUGUGCCUGUGGAUAUGUAUAUUAUUGCAAUCACCCAACAUUUUACAUCCAGUACUCUUCUAGACAAUAUCACGUGUACAUCAAACAGAAACAUUAAAUCAUAUGAACUUGGAGAGGAUAUGAAGAGUGCCCCCCCCCCCACUUUCUUGCAAAAUGUUGCACUUUAAGGGUCAUCUGACCACCUAUUCACAAAUAUUUUAUUAUCCAGUGGACAGGAGACGCCAAUACAAAACCAUUCCUUGACAACAUCACCCAUGAACAGAAUUAAAAGCAUCAAAACAGUGAUGUUGCAUGAAGAUACAGUUAAGCUAUUCCAAGACAAAUCCUGUAAAAUUCCUGCGUAAUGGUUUGUUCUGCUUGUUUUCUUUUGCCAUCUCGUUGGCAUGCUAUUAGGAUGUUACUCUAGCACGCUCUGAUGUCAUCACUGUAAAGUUCAAAGUGGGCUUCUCGUGCGGGAAGUGAUUGGAAAAUGCAGUUCAUCAACAAAAGUACACAGUUAUGAAGAUGUGACUGUGGAAUAAAUCCUGAAGCCUGGCACAAGAGGAGGAGGCAAAACUUCGCUUUGGACUUCGAAGCUUUACACACAAAUGAACUCAGUGAUGCUGCACUACAGUACAUAAUUCUUUUUCUUUUUCAAAGUCCACUCCCGUCCAUGUGUUGAUUGAGCUGAGGAAAAGUCAGCUCACUUUUUCCACUUUUUUGUAUUUAUCAUGUUCAAUUCUAAACACGUCAGCAUAUUAUUUUACUUGUUUAAUCACAUUGAUGGCAGUUUCAUUUAGGAGCCUGUUCUCAAGAGAAGUUAUUAGGAUUUCACACAAGCUGUAAAUACUCGGAGGCAAAAAACACAAUUUUGUUGGAUGCAUGUUGUGAAAUUUAUAUUCCCUCAUCCUAAUUACCACUUAAAAUGUCCAAGCAGGUGGAGUGUGAAAUCCUUUUUUUAUCUUCAACGGUAUUCUCAUGAGAACAUGUUCCCCUAACAGAGGUGAUACAAUUGUCGAACAUGAAGU